UGGUCCGAGCGUGGUUGAUAGUCGUGUUGUUGCUACACCGCGAUUCACUCACUCUCGUCCAAACAGCGCAACCGAUCACACACGCCGUCGGCCACGCCACGCCAACUACGACCCGGACAACCCGGUACUACCGCCGGCAACGACUACUCGAUCCAGCAGCAGCAGCAGCAGCAACCCCAUUUCGAGUGAGAACCGGGCAGCAGCGAGAUCCUUCCUCAUCCUCAUCGGUGGCGCGAAGCAGUGAGCAGUGAGAGAGAGCAUCGUUCGUGACCCUCCCUCCCGGGUACGAUCGGGUAGUAGAUCACGAUCCCCACUCUGUCCACUACUUUCCACUACCACCACUCGCGGUACGUGUGGGAAAGUGUACCGGGGCAGCAGCCGGGAUCGCGAGCCGUCGUCAUCAGUGAGAGUGUAGUGCCGAUCGUGAGAGCGAAAGGUGAGGUGCGUGAGCAGCAGCGUCACCGAGAAAGAAACCGUUUGUUAAUAUAUAACAAGUUGCAUCAUAGUCUUAAGACUUCAGUCUUAAGAAAGCGCGCAUCCAUCGACGAACCAGCGGACUCGCGUGCGCGCGCACACACACACAAACCAUUGAGUCCGUUCCGUUUUUCGCGAGUGGUUCCCUCGGUGGUGCACCGUGCAAUAAUGCACCGUGUGAGUGACAGGAACGGGUGAACAGGAUGGAUUAUUUCUACUUCUGGAUCUACAACAAAUAACCACGAGACGACUGAACCGGAUGAGUGUGCGCGUGAUGAGUACUGUACUGCUAGCGUUGUGAGAGGUAGUGAGAUUGAAGUGAGUAACAAAAACUACGACUGUCCUUUUACGGUGCAUGGACUGCAAAGAGCACAGCGUGACGGAUCCGUGUGGACGGUAAAGUGCAAUAGACCCGUGGAAGACGGUCGAACGACCCGUAAAACCGUGUCCAGGUCCAGGUACAGGCCGGAAGUGCAAUUCUCGGAAGCGUCCAGAAGCGAGCAGAUACAAUCCCCGCAUCCAGUUGCCAAUUGUGUCGCUUGUGCAUGUGCUGAGUGCUACGUGUGGCCCCAAAAUAAGAUAACGAAGAGUGGGCUCGCGUUUGUGUGUUUCAGUGUCCUUUGUUUACGUUCCCUCCGUUGGUGCAGCCACAGUUUGUGUAUGUGUGUGUGAUCCAAAGCCAGCCAUCCGAGCGAGAAUGGAAUCGCCGCAAAUGUACGAUACGAAUCAGAUCCAAGUGCGUCCAAGUGAUAUCAAGAAGCUGACGAUGGCCGCGAACAACAACAGUGCGAACGGUGCGAACGGCACGGCCAACGGGGCCUCGCCGACCAAUAACAACUCACCGACGGCGAUAAAUCAGAACACGCUGGCAUUGAAGCAACAGCAGCAGCAACACCAGCAGCAACAACAACACCAGCAAGUGCAGCAACAGGUCCAACAGCAGCAGCAACAGCAGCAGGUCCAACAGCAGCAGCAGCAGCAGCAGGUCCAGCAGCAAGUCCAGCAGCAGCAGGUACAGCAGAGCCCCGUGCAGCAGGUCACGGGACAACUCGGACCACACCAAACGAAUGGUGGCGGUGGCGGUGGCGGUGUCGGCGGCAAUGGGCUGCUGUCCAGUGGGAAUCUCCUGUCGAAGCAGAUGCUGCAGCAGAUCCAGUACUCGCAGAGUGAACUGGACGAGCUGACGUCACAGGAGAUCUCGCUCGACCUACAGCACCUGAUCGACGAUCAGUUCCGCGACCCGGAAGCGCUCGGCAUCUUCACUGAGAUGGUGACGGUCGGCAGUACGAACGGGACGAUGGCGAAUCCGCUCGUGCAGACGGCGGCCGCCAAGGCGCUCCAGCUGCAGCAGGCCCGCCUUUCCCAGCACACCAACGGCUCCAACAGUUACCAGCGAUCUCUGGCCUAUAUGCCACAGCCGGUGCAUACGGGUGCGGCCUACGGUAGCACCUCCAGCGAUGAGAACAGCUCCGUCGGUUCGUCCGCCGAUUCGGCCAACAUCAAGGAGGAACCGCUCGAUCCGAACGAGUACCGGCGGCAACUCCUAGCCAACGGUGGUGGUGGUGGUGGUGGCGGAGGCGGUGGUGCCAUCGCGCAAUUCAUCGGCACGGUCAACGGUUAUCAGCUUCCGGGGGCAGGCACUGGCAGUGGUGGUGGUGGUGCAGCGACACCGAAUGGUCUCACGAAUGGAGCGGCCGGGCUCGGUGCAAACGGUGGUGGUGGCACGACCCCAAGCUACGUCACCAACGGGAAUGGCAACAGCUUCGCCAACCUCACGCCCGCAACCGUCCUGCAUCAUCAGGCCCUGCCGCACCUGGGCGGAGCGGCUCACCUAGCGAACCUCACCAAGCACAGUAAGCUGAUGCCGCACGUCGGCCGCAAAACGCAGCAAAAGGUCGUCGAUAAGGGUACGGACGAGUAUCGGCGGCGGCGCGAACGGAACAACAUCGCGGUGCGGAAGUCGCGCGAAAAGGCGAAGGUGCGAUCGCGCGAGGUCGAGGAGAAGGUGAAAGCCCUGCUGAAGGAGAAGGACGUGCUGAUCCGGAAGAUCGAGGAAAAGAACAACGAGAUCACGCUCUACAAGCAGCUGUACAUGCACCUGAUGAACCACAGCAACCCGGAGAUCAACCAGAUCUGCCGCAGCGCCCUGAAUCUGUCCAACAUGGGCGAUCACAUGUGAGGGUAGUGGGGCGGCUGGCGGCGCAACGCUACUACUGUAAAUAUCGAAACUCCGACCAGUAAUCCCUCCUCCUCCUCCUUCUCCUCCUCCUGCUGCUGCGCCCACCAAAGGGCCCACAGCUGUGGAGCAUGCCAGGAUUGACAGGAGGGCUCACUCGGGGCUGUCUCUCCAGAACUGACGAGGCGCAGCUGAGCUCACUAGCCGACGUAGUAGGCGACGUCGUAGGACCACAUCGUUAGGGAUCUAGGGUAGUUGAAGGUUAGGUUAGGUCGUUGUUACCUCUUCUCUAGCACACACACACAGACAUACACACAGACACACACACAUGCGCUCUCGAGAAGCUUGACUGUUUCGAUUCACUUGAUGUUCGUGGUGUUCGUGGCUCCCAGAAAGGUCCUUCUUCCUUUUAAUACUCCAAGUACAGUGCAAUCCUGUAGCGACUCUUCUUUAGCUUCCCAUUCCCCAUAUACCUUCCUCAUUGCUUCUCACUCUCUCCUUAUUCCUGACGAACAUUGUAGAAUCAAACAAUCACACACACACACACACACACACACACACAGAGAGCGUGGAAACUCCCUCCUCUAAAACACCGACAACGUUCGCACGAUUCCGGCGUUCGUUUCGGAUGAACCAAAGACACAGAGACCGAGAGACAGUUGAAGCGCAACGUUUCCCACCUUCCUCCACUCUCUGCGGAUCGUGCAGAAUCCAUGGGGACAGAGCUAGCAAGGAGGGCAGCCUACCUGGAGGGCUAGUGAUCGUUGUGUGUUAGCUAAGGCAUUCGGGGAUGGGGCAAAGGCAACUAUAUACAUAUAUGUACGUAUACACACACUUACAUAGAAACACACACACACACACACACACACAAACACACAGAGACACAUCUGCUGUAAUAAUCUGUGACACACGGAGCGUGAAACACCUUUAAGCAACUUAAAUACCUGUACAUAGUGGCUAAGAUAUUGCGUCUUUACUUUACGGAAGUUGUUGUAAUAAUAAUUAUUAAUAAUAUUAUUGAGAGAGAGAGAGAGAGAGAGAGAUAUCCCUUGCGCACUACACUGUCCUUCCGCAACCCAAUCAACUCGGUAUCGGUGAAAGCGAAGGAACGCGAAAAAAAAGUUGUUAAAACAAAUGGGAGGGGGCAGCCCUACUUAAGCGUUACUGUACUCUAUGGACCGCUGCUAGUACGCGGUGAGCGCAAAAAGCAUUCUGGCGUUUUGUAUUUGUUUUCCUAAUUGCUAUUCCUUUCCUUAGUCGACGAUCCUUGCUGCUCCUUCUAUUUUAUGCAAAUAUUCUGUUUUGCGGGUAUGACUGCGUGUGUAAGACUUUAGGCUUUCCGUUUUGUGCAAUCCAAUGGAAGAGGUGAGAAAGAGCUGCAGGAGAUGUAGUGAGGUGCAAUCGUGUAAAAGGGAGGGAGUAACUAAGCAUUACCGAGUGCAGGUGUUGUGAGAGAAAAUAUAUAUUAUUUUUU